AUGGCGGAGGUCAUGUAUAUUUGCAAGCGAACUGUGGUGAGCGGCAAACCUGUCGAACCGGGGAAACACUAUCACCUGUCAGUCCUCGGCCACCGAAUGGAGAAAAACCAAGCUAGGAUGGUGUACUACUACCGUUGGGGAAGGGGAAGGGGAGAGGGAGAGGCCGGUGAGAUCACCAAAAGACUUAGAGAGUCUAUGUCGGAAAUGCUUACGCAUUUCCCAAUAGUGACCGGACGGCUAAUAAAGAACGACGAAGGGCAUUGGAUGAUAAAGUGCAACGACGCCGGAGUGCGAAUGGUGGAAGCAAGGGCCAAGGGGAGUGUGGAGGAGUGGCUACAUAGUGUUGAUAGGGAGAAGGAGCUUAAGCUUGUGCAUUGGGAAGACAUGCACUCCAAGCCAUACUUUUGGUCUACAUUUUAUGCCCAGAUAACUGAAUUUGAAGGAGGUGGGCUUGCAAUCGGCCUGAGCUGCACUCAUCUGCUUGCUGAUCCCACUUGCGCCACCGUGUUCUUCAAGGCCUGGGCCGACACAACCUUGGCCCAUAAAAUGCGUGCUCCACCUCACUUCCACCCAUUGCCUCCACGAAGGCCCGGCAACAAAAUUCCCAAUCACAAGCCCUACACUGCCUUAAUCGACCAUUACAAAUUCUUAAUCCAAAAUUCCACUGCUUUCACACAUGCAAAACACACAACUGUAGCUCUAGCAUUUUCCCACCACAUGGUGAAUGCCUGCAUGGGCCUGGCCCAACCAACCUCUGCAUCCAACAAGCUCGGCCCAUCACCCUUCGAGGCCCUUGCCGGGCUUUUCUGGGUCUGCGUCAGCAAAGUGAAAGGCUUGAGAAAUGGGCUUGUAAGCAUGUCCAUUUGUAUGGAUACAAGAAAAGCUUUGGGGUUAGAUAGAGGGUUUUUUGGGAAUUGCAUGGUUUAUAAUAAGGUCAAUUCAGAGGAUUUGAGGGAACAUGAAUUAUCACAAGCUGCUAAUGCUGUAGGAGAAGUUGUGGCAAAAAUGGACAGUGAGGGAGUGAUGGAUUUGAUCGAGUGGCUUGAUCAUGAUGAUAGUCAAUCACCUCCAUUGAUGAAUAAUGAUCUAAUUUGUUCAAGCUUGGAGGCGGUGGAUCCAUAUUCAAUCAAAUUUGUUGAGGAAUUUGAACCGAUUCGUGUUUCUUAUUAUGUUGAGCCAGUGUUUGGAAUAGGGCAAGUUUUUAUUUUUCCGGCUCCACCCAGAGAGGGUCCGUUCGGGAGGGUGGUUAUGGUUACGCUUCCGGAGGAUGAGGCGGUUAAACUGUGUGAAGAUGAACUCAUUUUGCAAUUUUCUCCUACCAUUUUGAUGGGAGAGAAUAAAAACUAUGCUUGA